GCUUGUCCCGCAGGCAUCGACAGCCAGCGGCGGAGCCUGCCCAUCUUCCAAGCGCGGGGGGCGCUGCUGGGGCAGCUGCGCGGCCUGGACUGCGCCGUCCUCAUCGGAGAAACAGGCUCUGGGAAGACAACUCAAAUCCCACAGUACCUCUACGAAGGGGGAAUUGGGCGCCAAGGUGUCGUUGCCGUGACCCAGCCUCGCCGCGUGGCUGCUAUAUCCUUGGCUACCCGGGUCUCGGAUGAGAAGAAAACGGAGCUGGGAAAACUGGUCGGCUACACCGUGCGCUUUGAGGACCUCACCUCCGAGGAGACCAAGAUCAAGUUCCUGACGGACGGGAUGCUGCUCCGCGAGGCCAUUGGUGACCCCCUCAUGCACAAGUACAGCGUUGUCAUUUUGGACGAGGCCCACGAGAGGACGAUCCACACAGACGUUCUCUUUGGUGUGGUGAAAGCGGCGCAAAAGAAGCGGAAGGAGCUGGGGAGGGCACCCCUGAAAGUCAUCGUGAUGUCCGCCACCAUGGACGUGGACCUGUUCUCACAGUACUUCAAUGGCGCACCUGUCCUCUACCUGGAAGGCAGGCAACACCCCAUCCAGAUCUUCUACACCAAGCAGCCACAGAGCGAUUACCUCCAAGCAGCGCUGGUAACCGUCUUCCAAAUCCAUCAGGAAGCCCCUGCAUCCCAGGACAUCCUGGUGUUUCUGACUGGCCAAGAAGAGAUCGAAGCCAUGGCCAAGACGUGCCGGGACAUCGCGAAGCACCUUCCGGAUGGCUGCCCCCAGAUGGUGGUGCUACCCCUUUACGCUUCUCUGCCUUAUUCACAGCAGCUCCGGGUCUUCCAAGUCGCACCAAAGGGUUAUCGCAAAGUGAUUCUCUCCACCAACGUUGCUGAGACCUCAGUCACCAUCGCAGGCAUAAAAUACGUGGUGGACACAGGCAUGGUUAAAGCAAAGAAGUAUGCUGCUGAAAGCGGCCUGGAAGUGCUGGCGGUCCAGCGCGUGUCCAAGGCCCAGGCCUGGCAGCGGGCCGGACGGGCUGGGAGAGAGGACAGCGGGUUCUGCUACCGCCUUUACACGGAGGACGAGUUUGAGAAGCUGGACAAAAUGACUGUGCCAGAGAUUCAAAGGUGUAACCUUGCCAGUGUGAUGCUCCAUCUCCUGGCCCUGAGAAUCCCCAAUGUCCUUGCCUUUGACUUCAUCUCGAAACCGUCCCCAGAGGCACUGCACGCUGCAAUCGACCAGCUGGCCCUCUUGGGCGCGGUGGAAAGGAAAGAUCUGCUCACCCUCACUCCGCUGGGAAGAAAGAUGGCUGCAUUUCCCCUGGAACCCAAACUUGCCAAAGUGAUCCUGAUGGCUCCCAAGUUCCACUGCACAGAGGAAAUCCUGACCAUCGUUUCCCUGCUCUCUGUGGACAGCGUCCUCCACAACCCCCCCUCCCGGCGGGACGACGUGCAGGCUGCCAGGAAGAAGUUCGCCUCCAGCGAAGGCGAUCACAUCACGCUGCUCAACAUCUACCGGGCCUUCAAGAACAUCAGCGGCAACCGGGAAUGGUGCAAAGAAAACUUCGUGAACAGCAGAAAUAUGAUGCUUGUCUCUGAUGUCCGAGCUCAGCUCCGGGACAUUUGUAUAAAGCUGUCGAUACCACUGGAGUCGUCCCGGUCCGACACCGGGAACGUCCGCCGCUGCCUGGCCCACAGCCUUUUCAUGUACACAGCAGAGCUGCAGCCAGACGGGACCUACGCCACGACCGACUCCCACCAGCCGGUGGCCAUCCAUCCCUCGUCGGUCCUCUUCCACUGCAAGCCGGCCUGCGUCACAUACAACGAACUGCUGCACACGAACAAGUGUUACAUGCGGGACCUGUGCGUGGUGGACGCCGACUGGCUGUACGACGCGGCCCCCGAUUACUUCCGCCAGAAGCUCAGGAUAGCCAAGAAUUGCCCUCUCGCCUGAGCCACGCCGGCCGACUGCAGUGCACACGGGCCUUUGCGACUUUGCGGCACCGCUCGAAAGGGGCCUUCCUGGCACAUCACAUCUCCGCCUAGUUCAGUCUCCUCUGGAAAGGACCACAGGCUGCAGUGGCCUGCACCUGUAGAAACGCUCGCCCCAGCCAUGUGUGGGGCCUGCUGAAGCUCUUCUCCGACGGAGUCUGUCUCUCCUCGUUCCAAAAGUGCGUGUCAGAUAUCCAUGCGUUCCUGUCCGAGCGAGGGGGAACAGAGCACCCCACUUUUCAGCAGAUUUGUUCACAAAGAGAACCUAAGGGUUGUGCAGGGCAAACCUGAUGGAACUGGAUGUUCAAAACUAUAUAUAAACUGUUCUGCUCAGCACUUGGUCAGCACUGCUGAAUUUGGGGGUUGGGGAGAUCGUCAGAAGCACCACUUUGCUUUAGGAUGGAGGUGCCAAGCUCUCUCCUCCUCUUUUGCAUGGUACUUUAAACAUUUAAUAGCAUGGAUGUGAUGGGGUGCCAGUGCAGUUUGGUUGUCUGCUGCUGAAUUUCAAGAAGAAAAGCGGUCUUGGAACACCACCUUCGGAGCUAGAAGCUCUCGGUGUAUUAGGGCCCAUUUCUCCCUCACACCUGGUCUUCAGACAAGAGGGCAAGCAGCCCUUCUAUUUUAUAUAAUACAGUGCAGCAAGGAUCUUGCAUUAUCUUAAAAAGUAAGAACAUGAACCUGUGCGUGUUUAGACAGAAAAACAGUAUUACAACUCCCGCCAAUUGGGCUGGAGCAUGGUGAGAGUUUUAGGUGUUUCUUUCUUUCUGGAAUGCAUACAACUGCACUGAAUACAUUUAUUUCAACUUAUUGUGGGCACACACCAACCCCUUUACUGGAUACAUGAUGUGUUAAAAACACACUGGGGGUGGAUGUAAAUAGGGCUGUUAGAGGGAACAUAAAUGCAAAGCAUGUGGAGGAUUAGCUGUCGUGAAGAUUGUCAUAAUAACAAAGGCAUCAUGAGCCAAUUAACAAAUCAAUCAGUUUGUUGAGGUGACCACCAGGUUUCACAAUAAGGCUUACACAACCGUUGAAUUUCACAGUAAAAUGCAAGGUUGUCACUGACAGAAAUAAAGUCCUCAGUCAGUUUUCUAAGGUUAAAUGGUUCUUAAAACCAAGGGGAACAAAGCCAAACACAGGAUUAAUUAGAGAAUAUGUCAGCUCAUAUUCGCAUGGCUCUGAUCCGAUACUGAGCCACAGUGUGUAUAACAAAGGUAUAACAAAGAAGGAAAAAGACGUACUGUUCAGAUCUUUAUGAAAAUGACAAUGUUAAAGGAUUAAUUGAGCUGAUUAACAUGCCAUGCGAUUUAAAAAAAUCAUUGCUCUUUUUCAAACCACAGUAGUUCUCACAGUACUAAUAAUAGUAGUAAUCAAGAAAUAGUUCUCUUGGUGAACUGUAUUUCCGGUCCUCCAACAAUCUAGUCCACAUCCCCCGAGCCCCAGUAUGUCUAAAUAAAUUUGCCAGGUUGUGGUUAACUCAUCACAUAUCUGAUGACACAGGCAAAGUCCAUCCAAAAAUUUAUUUUUUGGUCUGAAAAGUGCCACGGUACCCUUCCGUUUUGCAUAUUUCUCAGCACUGGAAAAAGUUACUGAGCUGAUGCUCCGCAGUGGCUGAUUCUUCAGCGUGGCUUUGGAUGAAAAUGGUUCCAGGCUCGUCACCUGGCUUCCCUAGUUAGAAAGGCUUCUGACCACAGGACAUGGAAAGAACUUGGAGGAUGCCAUCUCGGACUAGGUGGAACAAUGGUCACUCCGCCUAAAGCAAUUUUGUAACAUGUUGAAAAGAAUUGCAGAGCACAAGGACUUCGUGAGCACCUGGGUGGUGCAAGGGUUAAGAGCAUGGGACUGAGGUAAUCUAGGUCCCAUGGGGGCAGGCUCUCUACCUCCCACACAGGGUUGUUUUUGUGGGGAUAAGAUGGAGAGGAGGAGGAGGAGGUCAGCCGCUUUGAGUUCAAAGUGGGAUAGAAAUCAAAUGAGUUCGCCUUGCUCUCUGUAAUUAAAAAACCUAAAUCUGU